AGGACGUACCCGACUUCACUGGCAGCGGUGGGUGAACGAGGGGGGGAAAGCAAAAGACACCCCCACCGACUGCCCCUGCCCCCUUCCACCUCCAGACCUGAAAGAAAAGUGUGUAAUUCAACUGCAGUACGAGCCGGACAGACCGACGUUUAACGUUUAAAGUCGUUUAAAUCGCUGCCUCGACCUGUUAACGCGCGGCUGGCUGCAGCGUCGUCGACAUGGUACGGACAACCGUUGACUGAAAACUUCGCGUUUUUCUUGGAGUUAUUUGGAUUUUUGUGACCCUCUUUUUUUACAAGGAUGGGACGUUGUGCACUUUAGCGAGGAUUUAUAUGGUCGUGCAUCGAUCGGGACGCGUUUGGAAAAGUUUGAAGUGCCAGACGUCCAGCGUGCAGACCCCUCGUCUCCAGCCUGUUGGGCCGCGCCUGUCCAGCCAGGUCAAAGGUCAUCUGCAAAAUGAUGCCAGCCGGCCACUUGCCCUACCUGCUCUCCCUGAGCGCCCUGCUGCUGUCCCCGCUGCUCACCGGCUCCCUGGCCUUAUCUCCACCAAGGUUCACGAAAGAUCCUGUAGAUAUGAUUGGCGUCUCUGGGGGUGUCGUGUCCUUCGUAUGCCAAGCCACAGGUGACCCCAAGCCAAGAGUAACAUGGAACAAGAAAGGGAAGAGGGUCAACUCUCAGCGGAUCGAGACAAUAGAGUUUGAUGAAGGUGCUGGAGCGGUUCUGAGGAUCCAGCCCCUCCGAGCUCCUCGAGAUGAGAACACCUACGAAUGUGUGGCAGAGAACAGCGAAGGGGAAAUAAACAUCCAAGCUAAGCUGUCCAUUAUUAGAGAGGACCAGCUUCCUGCUGGCUUCCCCAACAUUGACAUGGGACCACAGCUGAAGGUAGUAGAGCGGACGCGCACGGCCACUAUGCUGUGCGCCGCCAGCGGCAACCCCGACCCAGAAAUCACCUGGUUCAAAGACUUCCUUCCCAUCGACCCCAGCGCGAGCGGGCGGAUCAAACAGCUUAGAUCAGGUGCCCUGCAGAUCGAAAACACGGAAGAGACCGACCAGGGAAAGUACGAAUGCGUGGCGUCUAACGUGGAAGGCGUCCGAUACUCUUCCCCAGCCAACCUGUAUGUGAGAGAGCUUCGAGAAGUUCGACGUGUGCCGCCUCGUUUCUCCAUCCAACCCACCAGCCAUGAGAUCAUGCCGGGAGGAAGCGUCAACAUCACUUGCGUCGCUGUGGGUUCGCCGAUGCCCUACGUCAAGUGGACGCUGAACUCGGAGGACCUGACGCCAGAGGAAGAGAUGCCUGUGGGCAGGAACGUCCUGGAAUUGAACAGCGUCCGCGAGUCGGCCAACUACACCUGCGUGGCCAUGAGCAGCCUGGGCAUCAUCGAGGCUGUGGCCCAAAUCAUCGUCAAGUCCUUGCCAAAACCUCCAGGUACACCUGUCGUAACGGAAACAACCGCCACCAGUAUCACCAUCACUUGGGACAGCGGCAACCCCGAGCCGGUUUCCCAUUACAUCAUCCAGUAUCGUGCCAAGUCUCCUGAGAGCAAAUUCGAGACCGUGGAGUCCAUCACCACCACUCGCUAUAGUAUUGGAGGACUUUCUCCAAACACCGACUACGAGAUCCGCGUGUCCGCCUUCAACACCAUUGGACAAGGGCCACCCAGCGAACCGGUCGAGGCGAGGACCGGAGAGCAAGCACCGGCCAGCCCGCCAAGGAACAUCCAGGCCCGCAUAAUCUCCCUGAACACCAUGAUGGUGCGUUGGGAUGAACCCGAGGAGCCCAACGGACAGAUUAAGGGAUAUCGGGUGUACUAUACCAUGGACCCGUCUCAGCCCAUGAGCAUGUGGCAGAUCCAUAACGUCCAGGACAGCGUGAUCACCACCAUUCAGAGUCUGGUGCCCUCCGAAACCUACACCAUCAGAGUACUGGCAUUCACGUCCGUGGGAGACGGACCUUUCUCAGAUCCCAUUCACGUAAAAGUGCUUCAAGGAGUUCCCGGACAGCCGAGCAACUUCCAGGUUGGUGAGGUGUCGGACACAAGCGUUCAGCUAACAUGGGAACCUGCGUUCGAGAAAGAAGGAAUCAUCAGAUACAAACUGCAAUAUGGCGAGACUGGACUUCAGGCGACGGAGAAAACUUUCGGCCCGGCAACUUCCUUUGUGGUGGACGGCCUACGUCCUAACACAGAGUACUCAUUCUCACUGGCCGCCGUCUCCAACAGAGGCACCGGAGCCUUCACCAAAGUAAUAUCCCAAAGGACAUCUCAAGCCAAGCCCUCAGCCCCUCCUCAAGAAAUUACAUGCGCCUCCUCCAGCUCCACCACACUGCUGGUAAGUUGGCGCCCUCCGCCGGCCGACAGCCAGAACGGGCCGCUGACCGGGUACAUAGUGCGUUACGCAGUGGUGGGGGGCGGUGCAGAAAUCAGCGCCGAGCCUGUGGAAGAGCCACCCGUGCCACCCAGCGACGACCAGAUCCUCCUGCAGCGGCUGGAGAAAUGGACCAUGUAUCGGGUCAUGGUGGCCGCCAGCACCAGUGUGGGUCCGGGACCUGAGAGCCAGCCGCUGCUCUGCCGCACAGAUGAAGAUGUACCCGGUGCCCCCCCUCGCCGCGUGGAGGUGGAGGUUCUCAACUCCACCGCCAUCAAGGUGAUAUGGCGUUCCCUGUUGCCGGGUAAACAGCACGGCCAGAUCCGUGGCUACCAGGUCCACUACGUGCUGGUCGAGAAUGGCGAGUCCCGCGGCCUGCCCCUCAUCAAGGACGUGAUGCUAGCUGACGCACAGUGGGAGAAGGACGACACGGCUGAAUAUGAGAUGGUCAUCGGGGGGCUACAACCUGACACCACCUAUUCUAUCACCGUGGCAGCCUACACCACAAAAGGAGACGGAGCCCGGAGCAAACCCAAGCUAGUGGUGACUAAAGGAUCAGUGCCCGGGCCUCCUUUCCUCUCCGUGGAUCAAACCUCAGAGACGUCCGCGCUAGUACGCUGGCAACCCCCAGAGGUCCUCUCGCCGGGUCUGGAGUUGCAGGGCUAUCGUCUGCAGUUCGGCCGCAAGGACGUGAACCCUCUGGCCACGCUUGAGUUCGGCCCUGACGAGCUGGAAUAUUCCGUCAGCAACAUCCACCGAGGGGCCACGUACAUGUUCAAAGUCUCCGCCAAGUCCAAAUCAGGCUUUGGAGACGAAGCAACGAGAGACCUCCGAAUCCCAGAGGAGGUUCCCAGAGGGUAUCCUCAGAUAACCGAGGACACUAACAUCACCUGCUGCUCGCUCCAGUUCUCCUGGGUGCCUCCGGUGCUGGCCGAACGCAACGGCGCCAUAACAGAAUACACGCUGGCUUAUCAGGAGGCCGGCAUGGUGGGCGGACCCAAAGAACUGCGUUUGCCGGCGAACCAGAACAGAUACACCCUCAACAGCUUGAGGCCCGACGCCGUGUACGCCUUGAAAAUUCGAGCACACACCAGUGUAGGUCCAGGGCCCUACAGCCCGUCGAUCCAGUAUCGAACGGUGGCCUUCGAAGCAGACGUCCCAAAGAACUUCACUGUCAAGCUGGUCACCAAGACAACAGCGCUGAUAACCUGGAAGUUUUCAGACAGCCGCAUGCCGUACCGCUGCAUGAUCGAAUACAACAGGCAGAAAGUCGACAUCGAUGCUAGGAUGACCAAAGCUCUCAUCACCAACCUGCGGCCAAACACCACCUACGAUUUCAGAAUCACCUGUCAGGAUAACGCAGAGGACGGACCCAAACACAAGCUCACUGCCCGGACCGCCCCGCCCAUUCUGAUCAGAAAACCAGAGCUGGACAUCAAGAGAGAGCCGGACAACACGCUGACCAUUCUUUUCCCUCCGCUGGAAGCCAGAGAAGUGAUCAAGGUCAUCUUUGUUGUGGUUGUGCCGUUGAAGAAGGGUAGAGGACAAGUGAGACAUUUCAAGAACCCAGACGAGCUGGAUCUAGAAGAGCUGUUGGGCGAGAAGACACUCGGUCAGCGUCACGCCCGGACCACCCGUCAGCUCAAGCAGGUGGAUGGGAAGAAGCCCUACAUUGCUGGCAGCUUCAAACCCUCGUCCAUGCCUCCAUCCUUCACUCUAGGAAACAACAUGGUUUACAGCGGUUUUGAGAACCGAGCCCUUGAACCUGGGCAGGAAUACGUGUUCUUCAUCCUCGCUGAGCUCCACACUGCUGGAGGGAAGACGUUUGCAUCAAGCCCCUACACAGAUUCCAUUACGGCGCCCGACGUGGAUCCUCUCCCCAUUGAUACAGGUGGAGACGGGCUCAUCUGGGUGGUGGGGCCGGUUCUCGCCGUGGUCUUCAUCAUAUGUAUCGUGAUCGCCAUUCUCCUGUACAAGAACAGUAAACGGAAAGAGUCAGAGCCACGGGCGAAAUGUCUGCUGAACAACGCGGAAAUCUCGUCUCACCACCCAACCGACCCUGUGGAGAUGAGACGCAUUAACUUCCAAACCCCAGAUUCUGGUCUAAGCAGCCCACUCAGCGAACCCAGUUUUGACUAUGAAAGUAUGAUGAACCACCCGCCCAUACCCAUCAGCGAGCUGGCCGAACACACGGAGCUCCUGAAAGCCAACGACAAUCUAAAGCUCUCUCAAGAGUAUGAGUCCAUUGAUCCGGGCCAGCAGUUCACCUGGGAACAUUCCAACCUGGAGGUCAACAAACCCAAGAACCGCUACGCCAACGUCAUCGCCUACGAUCACUCCCGCGUCAUCUUGGCUCCAAUCGAAGGUAUCGUAGGCAGCGACUACCUCAACUCUAACUACAUCGACGGCUACAGGAAACAGAAUGCGUACAUAGCCACGCAAGGACCCCUGCCGGAGACGUUCGGAGACUUCUGGAGGAUGGUGUGGGAGCAGAGAUCGGCUACUGUCGUCAUGAUGACCAAACUUGAAGAGAAGUCAAGGAUCAAGUGCGAUCAGUACUGGCCCAGCAGAGGAACGGAGACCUACGGGAUGAUCCAAGUGACGCUUCUGGACACCAUCGAGCUUGCCACUUUCUGUGUGCGAACCUUCUCUUUACACAAGAACGGUUCCAGUGAAAAGCGUGAAGUUCGACAGUUCCAGUUCACUGCCUGGCCGGACCACGGCGUUCCCGAGUACCCCACCCCGUUCCUGGCGUUCCUCAGGAGGGUAAAGACCUGUAAUCCGCCUGACGCCGGCCCCAUCAUCGCCCACUGCAGUGCCGGCGUGGGUCGCACGGGUUGCUUUAUCGUGAUCGACGCCAUGUUGGAGCGUAUAAAACACGAGAAGACGGUGGACAUCUACGGUCACGUGACCCUCAUGCGCUCCCAGAGGAACUAUAUGGUGCAGACGGAGGACCAGUACAGCUUCAUUCACGACGCCCUGCUGGAGGCCGUCGCCUGCGGAAACACGGAGGUGGCCGCCCGGAGCCUCUUUUCAUACAUCCAGAAGCUGGCGCAGGUGGAGACAGGGGAACACGUCAGCGGUAUGGAGCUGGAGUUUAAGCGUUUGGCCAACUCCAAAGCCCACACGUCCCGAUUCAUAAGUGCCAAUCUGCCAUGUAACAAAUUUAAAAACCGUCUGGUCAACAUCAUGCCCUACGAGACCACUCGAGUCUGCCUGCAGCCAAUCAGAGGCCUGGAGGGGUCCGACUAUAUCAACUCCAGCUUUAUCGAUGGAUACAGACAACAGAAAGCUUAUAUAGCCACGCAGGGGCCGUUAGCAGAGACCACUGAAGACUUCUGGAGGAUGUUAUGGGAGAAUAACUCCACCAUCGUAGUGAUGCUCACCAAACUCAGAGAGAUGGGCCGGGAAAAGUGUCAUCAGUAUUGGCCCGCCGAGCGUUCAGCUAGAUAUCAGUACUUCGUGGUGGACCCGAUGGCCGAGUACAACAUGCCUCAGUACAUCCUCCGAGAGUUUAAAGUCACAGACGCUCGGGACGGACAGUCCAGGACCGUGCGGCAGUUCCAGUUCACCGACUGGCCGGAACAGGGGGUGCCAAAAUCCGGAGAGGGUUUCAUAGACUUCAUCGGGCAGGUGCAUAAAACCAAGGAGCAGUUCGGACAGGACGGGCCUAUAUCGGUCCACUGCAGCGCCGGUGUCGGUCGCACCGGAGUCUUUAUCACACUCAGUAUCGUGCUGGAGAGGAUGCGUUAUGAGGGCGUGGUGGACAUCUUCCAGACCGUCAAAAUGCUUAGAACGCAACGACCAGCGAUGGUGCAGACAGAGGACGAGUAUCAGUUCUGCUAUCAGGCAGCUCUGGAGUACCUAGGAAGUUUCGAUCACUAUGCAACGUAAAAAGCCAUUUUGUUCGCCCUCCCCCACAACCCCCCUCCCCCCCGACAGCCUCCUGAGCCAUAAGAACUCGCUUGAAACGACGACAAACACUCAACAUUCGAAUACGGAAACACAAUGGGAAAUUUUUAACGAUUCGACUUUUCGGAAACGCCGUCACGAAUAAUUCCAAUUGGCUGACACGGACCAUAUACACACCCAGCUCACGAGGAGGAAGCAAACGUCACGGCUCAGGCUGUAGGAGGGGAACGAUCGAGGUGUCGGACCACUAACCUUACCUCAAGUGUUCUGAUGUGGAGGACAUGUGUGCGUCAUUUAGAUCCAAACGAACUUUGAACAUUUUACAUAAAACGAUGAAGGAAAUGCCAGGUGGAGAAACGAACAAAACAAGCAACUCAACCUGGUUGGAUAAACGGUUAACUUACGAUUGUGGCAAAAUCUUGCCUCGUUUACUACGGUGGAAACUCGCAGGUACAGUUUUUAAAUGGCGUUUCAAACCCAACGAAAGGAGAUCUUGUUGCAUUUGGAGCGACGGUACGAACAGACGACAAAUGAUUUCUCCAAGCUUCUCCUCCACACAAUCCUGGAAGCCACUUAAGAAGCUAACUGAUUUGCGAAGUAAGUCUCCGACAAGAGACUCGACACGUCUCAAGGCAUUCUGCGUUAACGACGUCGUACGUUAAAAACCCAGUCGCAGUUAACGGUGCUUUGAGGACACGCUAGCAAACGUUUCUGCCGAUGUAGCUCCUCCUCCAUUCUCCUGUGAGCCAGUAGGUGCGCGACCUUAACCGAGAGGAACCGAUUGCAUGAUUCGUCAUGUUGGGACGGCCUUGUUGGGAAAGUUUUCGUUUUCGUUAUUACAGUGUCCCCAGUGACCAACGUUCAUUGCCAUGAUUUCAAGUUUUUGUCUUACACCCGUGUUUUUCGUCCGUCGCUCUCGAUACCAAACAUGCUGCUUUCGCUCCAUUAUGCUGUACGUGUGAGGAUUGUGAUCGAGCGGACUGGAUAGACUCGAGUGAAUGUGUUUUGGUCCCGGUUCUUAAUCCAUUUCACGAUGCCCCAAAACGAAGGAAGACGUGCACUGCCCAUUUAAUUCAGUCAUUUAGUUUUCGAGAGAUUUGCCAGCAGGUAGAUUUUCGCUAAAAAGCAAGAAACGGGCAAUCAUUUACAAAAAUAACGGUACAGCUAUGUUCGGAUGUAUAUUGUUGUGGGUAGGGCUGUUGUACAUGUGCAUGAGUGGGAGGAGUCUCUUCUUAAUCACGGAUUGGCUAUUUUGAAGAAUGAAUUGUGCUUGGAGUGUUCUGAUUGGUGAGAGAAUGAAAGGAGCCGUGUGUAAUCUUAUUUCCAAAAAAGCCUUAUUCUUGUUAACAUCAUAUGAUAAAAUAUAUACGUUGUUGUAUUAUUUUGUUUGUUUAACACUCAAUUGAUUUCAUCGUUUUGUUUUUUUAACAAGAUACUGUACUCAUUUUUUUUCAUUCGCAAGGAAAAAUAAUGCUCAUUUUGCUCAUGUUAUGUUAAAAGACAUUCUAUUUUUUCACUGUAGAAGAGUUACGUGAGAUGUGUUUGUGCGUGUAUACGCGUGGGAUGUAUGCACACACACUCGCACAUAUAUUUAAAUGCAGAAUAUAAAGAUGUAUCCAGAUCUUAUGAAUAGCCUUUUUUGUGUAAUGUUUUUUUUCUAUUUUUCAGAAGGGGGCGUUCGUUUUUAUACCACCAGAAAAUGAUGAAUUGUGUGUAUGAAAUCAUGUAUGACUUGUUUUUUGUUUUUCAGCAGGCUGGGAAAAUGCAUUUUAAGAAAUGCAAAAAUUUCCCAUGAAUCAUUGCGGUCAGAGCCGGAACGCCUUUGAUUUGAGUUCAAGGGCAGAUUGAAUCACUAUUGUUAUUGAUUAGAAAUACUAGUAUUAACUGAAGUAUUACUUUUAUAAGAUGUAGAAUUGAUUUACGAAACGUUGAAAUUGAACAAAAAAAAAAGAAAUAAAAUAAACUACAUUUUGUUACAGCCCAUAUCUGUGAAAACCCUUUUUUUACGUUUUGACUUUUUUUAUUUACUUUACAACCACAGAAUGUUUUGGUAUCAGCUACGAUCCUGGAUAUAAUGACUGUAAAUAAACAAAUAUAUAUUAUAUGUAUUUGUAUAAAUUGACCCACAAGAUUUGUGUCUUUGAACAAUACUGAGAUAAACAAAAGAAGUUUAUGCUAAUGGCAAAAACCUUCCAGAGUUUUGAAAGAAAACUUUGUCUCACACUAACAGCUCUGUUUAUCUGGGAUCCCUCCAUUUCUCUCGUUUUUCACCCGUUCACUCGUUCUUUUCUUAUCUUAGCGGCCACACACUCAAGCCCAGUGGUGAGAGAAAUACUGAAGGCUCUUCUUUUCCCGUAAGUCUUCGGGUGCCACGUCUCCACUUCAUUUUUGGAUGGAGCUCUUUAAUCUAAAGGACGAGUUUUUUUUAAUUAAGCCAAUCAAAAGAAAGAAAUUAGAAAUCAUUUGUUUGGCAUUGUGACAUUAUUUUGUAAAGGUUAAGCAAGUGCAUUAAGUAAUCUUAAAGUAUCAUUGUUUGUUCGAUGUGAAUUAAAGUGGCACCACAAAUACAACCAUGCACAUUCAAUUCCGCAAUUAUCAAAUAAAUCAAUAUGUAUCGCACUUAAAGGAUAUAACAUUUAACAGAAGCUGUUCUCCUUAAAGAAUGUAAAUGACUUUGGUGCAUGCUAACGUUGUAACUUUUUUGCAUUGCGGUAGCGAGAAUGGAAAUGUGCUUAAUUGUUAUAAAAAGUCACAAUGUGAGAGAAAACUUUUUGCAAAAUAUGGUUUCUAAUUGCUCUCUUUUGAUUAAGUAAAAGAUAACACAAGAGGUGUUUUUACCUAUUUUUAUUGUAAUUUUUAUUUUUACCAAAUUUUUGGUCGUUAAAUUUGGAUGAAGAAGGGCUAGCGCAGCCAGUGCCUAUAAAAAUGCCAUACGAGCAGCGAGAGCAAAUUGUCUUCAUUGGUUGCGUGUUUAGCGAUUAGCAAUCAUGACAUCGUAGCUAGCAUACAGAGCAUCUCUCACCACUGCCCCACUGUUCCAUCUCCUUAAUCAUUCUUUUAUUAUAGGUUGUUCAUAGCAAAGAUGUAGAAGUUUAUGAAUGCAUGCCAUGUUUGUAUACUUUUAUUUUUUUACUUUGGGGAUUUUUCGUUACGGGACGAAGUAUGAGAGCGGAGAGAACUUGGAACCUGGAAAUUCCAGCGCUGCCUUUAAAACUGUUGGGAGUUUUGUGUGUUUCAUGAACUUUCGUUUGGAAUCGGACUCUUGCACGAUUGGACUCAAAAUCAACAAUGGAAGAACUUUUUGUCCUACGAUGUUGGACCUUUGACGACAGGAGCCAAACUAAGUCGAACUGAUUAGGGAACAUUAAAUGACGAACCAAUAUACAAAAGUGAACGUAUUAAUACAACGGCCAACAAAAAGAAGAAAAAAAGCCAAACUCGAACGAGAAAAUAGUUUUUAUCGUACGAAAGCCAUGUGCUAUCGCUUUCAAACUGUUAUUUCUGGUGGACACACAAUAAUUGGUUUGAAACCACUGUGUAUGUAGAUAUGUUGACUUUGUAUUAAAGAAAUGUUGUCUGAA